AUGGCCACGAUCGUCACCACCUCAUCACUGGGCCGCUGCGACUAUCGGAUCAAACUCCCACAUGUCUCCAAGGAGCACAUCAAGUUCUUUGUCCAUACGAGCGACGACCAGAGGACGCUCGUCAGCUGCGAGGACACGUCUCGCCACGGUAUCCUCUGGAACGGCGUACAUCUCAAGCGCGGUGAGGCAGUCGUGCUCAACGAUGGCGACCAGAUUCGCCUGCUUGGAAGAAACACGCCUGCGCUCGAGUACCGCAGCGGCGAGCACCCCUUCACGGACAAGAAGAAGGGCGAGGCAGUCCUGGGACGGUACAUCGUCCACUCACGCAUUCUAGGGACUGGAGGGUUCGCCGCCGUCUUUCUGGCUCACGACACCGAGACGCAUCGGCAGCUGGCGUGCAAGGUGCAGGACCUGGCCAUGCUCAAGCGCUCCUCGAUCAGCACGCGGCAGCUGCGACAAGAGAUCGCCCUCCUCAAGAAGAUCUCGCAUCCCAACAUCAACAAGAUACAUGAUAAGAUUCAGUCAAAGGAGCGAUUGUACAUCUUCUGCACAUUGGCCACAGGAGGCGACCUCUUCGAGUUGCUCCAGAUCCGUGCUGUUUUCCCUCACCUCGAGACAAAGUUCGUUUUGAUGCAGAUCGUCGAAGCAUUGCAGCACAUUCACAGUCUGGAGAUUGCCCACCGAGACAUCAAGCCUGAGAACAUCCUCGUCAUCUCGAGCCCUGACAGCUAUCCGCAUGUCCAGCUGGCCGACUUUGGCAUGGCGUUUGCCUCGGCCAACCAGGAGACGGAACGCGUAGACCAGGCGGGAGAGCGGCAGCACAUCCCAAGGGGUCGCAGCGCCUCCGUCGGUGGCACGGUGCACUACCUCUCGCCCGAUGCCCUCCUGGCCAAAACCAAGCACACAUGCUACGACCCCUUUGCCAUCCUCCUCACAUUCAACGUCCUGGACAGCAACGAAGACAUCGAAGCCUUUCUCCUCGAAGAGGCCCUCGCUCGCAAGCUCAUCUCGGCAGAGCAAUACCAAAUGCAGCGGGCCUGGUGGCUGCAGAGCGCCACCGCCAGUAGCAUCAGCAACGCAUCGGAUGCGGCCCAGUCGCGGGAAAAGAGGCAGAUCCUCGCGCGGAUCUUUGAUGUGUCCUUUCUCGCCGAAAUCGACGAUGCUGGCGCUCGACAAGCAAUGGCGAGGCUCAACGAAGUCAAUUCAGAAAGACGCAUCAAGGCAGGGGACAUCGCCGACCUGACCUGGUUCGCAAAAGACAAGGAGACGCUCGAUGCCGUAUACCGCGCCCGCGUCCUCAAGCAUGACGUUGCGGCGGCGGACCUGGACGAGGAGCUACGCUGA